AUGGAUAAUGGAACUGUGAACUACGAUGACUUCAGCAUGAGUACGGACGGGCCUGAUGAAGAGCCGUGCAACGUGUACCCGACCCCCCCGCAGCUCCUGACGCAGGCCUACGUCCACGCCGCCAUCUUCGUGUUCGGCCUGCUGGGCAACGGCGUGGUGAUCGCCACCUACGUCUUCUACAAGCGGGCCAAGACCAUGACGGACGUGUACCUGGUCAACGUGGCGGUUUCGGACCUGCUCUUCGUGCUGGCGCUGCCCUUCAUCGCGCACAACGAGCGCAGCGCCUGGCCCAUGGGCCCCGCGGCCUGCAAGGCCCUCCGCUCGGCCUACAGCGUCAACCUGUACAGCGGCAUGCUGCUGCUGGCCUGUAUUAGCGGGGACCGCUACGUGGCCAUCGUCAGGGCCCGCCGCUCCUUCGGGUUCCGCUCCAAAACCGCCGUCUACGGCCGCCUCGUCUGUCUGGCGGUCUGGAUCUUCUCCGGGGUUCUGACCCUUCCCACGCUGCUCUACAGCGAGCUCCUAAAGGAGGAAGAUCUACGGACUCCGUCCAGUUUCGCCGUGAGCUGCCGGCUCAAUUUCGACCGCGACGACACGGCCAGACUGGUCAAGCUGCUGGUGCCCGGCCUGCAGAUGGCGGUGGGCUUCCUGGUGCCGCUCCUGGCGAUGGCGUUCUGCUACUGGCGCGUGGCGUGCACGCUGAUGCGGGCGCAGAACAGCCAGCGGCGGAAGGCCAUCCGCGUGGUGCUGGCCGUGGUGCUGGUGUUCGUGGCCUGCCACCUGCCCUUCAACGCCGCGCUGCUGGUCCACACCGGGGCGCUGUUCGGCCAGAGGAGCUGCGCCGAGGAGAAGAUACGCGUCCAGGUCCUGGCCGUGUCCAGGAACGUGGCCUACCUCCACUGCUGCCUCAACCCCGUCCUGUACGCCUUCAUCGGGCAGAAGUUCAGGAGCCACUUCCUGCAGAUCAUGUCGGACCUUUGGCACUUCGGAAAGAAGUGCAUGUACUCCUCUUCCUCGCCGCGGGGAAAAUCUGAUAGCUGCGCGUCUGGUUUGGUUAAAACCUCCGACGGCUCCAACAACAUGUCCUCAUUCAGUGCUUGA